UUGCUUUGCUGCUAAAUGGUAAUCAUUAAAAAAACUAGAGAGAGAAACCCGGGUUUGGUUUGGUUGUGUAUGUACCAAGAAACGUGAAAAAAGUCGUAUAUGGGCGGGCGGGCGGUAGUGGGCCUUGGUCAGAGUAGAGGAGCCAGAGGGAAUAUGCUGUUCCAUGGUCGAAAAAGGUUCCUUGCUCACAUUCUCCAAACCGUGCUCCUCCUCUUCAUUUCAAUUUCUUCACCACUUUGCAUUCGUCCACAAUAAGCAACGACCAACGGAUUGAUUGAUUGAUUAUAAAUGGGCAUGCGCCCAGCCUGCUCGUCGGCUUCCCUUCUCUCGCACAUCUCUCUGUAAUCAAGGAAUCAGUAGCUGGUGUUAGUUGUGAAGGUGCUUCCUACACAAUUUCAGAAAAUUAGGGCAAGUAUUUCAGGAGGAUGAUGGGAUCUGAUAAGCAACCUGUUGGUUUACUGGAUACUCUGAAUAUGGAAACAGUCAGAACGAUUUUCACUCACACGUACCCUUAUCCACAUCAGCAUUCUCGGCAUGCCGUCAUUGCGGUCUUUAUAGGCUGCCUAUUUUUCAUAUCAUCAGAUAAUAUGCAUACUCUCAUUCAGAAGUUAGACAGCAAUAUAAAAUGGUGGUCAAUAUAUGGCGGUUUGCUUGGAUUCUUCUAUUUCUUUUCUUCUCCAUUUAUAGGCAAAACAAUCAAACCAAGUUAUUCAAACUUCAGUCGCUGGUACAUUGCCUGGAUAUUGGUGGCCGCGUUAUAUCAUCUUCCAAGUUUUCAAUCGAUGGGAGUUGAUAUGAGGAUGAAUCUUUCUUUGUUUCUGACUAUCUAUGUGUCCUCAAUUUUGUUUCUCCUUGUAUUCCAUAUUGUAUUUAUUGGCCUCUGGUAUAUUGGCCUUGUUGCUCGUGUGGCUGGACGGAGGCCUGCAAUUCUAACAAUACUUCAAAAUUGUGCUGUUAUAAGUAUAGCGUGUUGUGUAUUUUAUAGCCACUGUGGCAAUCGUGCAAUUACAAGAGAAAAGUCAUUUGAAAGGAGAUUCUCAGCUUGGUUUACACUGUGGAACAAGGAAGAGAGGAAUUCAUGGCUUACAAAAUUUGUUCGUAUAAAUGAGUUUAAAGAUCAAGUUUGCUCAUCUUGGUUUGCUCCUGUUGGGUCAGCUAAUGAUUAUCCAUUUUUAUCAAAAUGGGUCAUUUAUGGUGAAGCUUGUAGUGGAGGCUCGUGUGUGGAAUCUCCAGCUGAAAUUUCGCCUAUAUAUUCCUUGUGGGCCACUUUCAUAGGCCUCUACAUGGCUAACUAUGUGGUUGAACGAUCAACAGGAUGGGCUCUUACUCACCCUGUGGCACAAAAAGAAGUUGAGAAGAAGAAAAAGAAGCAAAUGAAGCCUGAUUUUUUGGAUAUGGUUCCUUGGUAUUCUGGGACAUCAGCUGAUUUGUUUAAGACAGUUUUUGAUCUGCUGGUCUCCGUAACUGUGUUUGUUGGCCGGUUUGACAUGCGCAUGAUGCAGGCUGCAAUGAGCAGAGUUGAGGAUGGAGCUAAGCAAGAGGAUCUUCUGUAUGAUCAAUUUAGCGGAGAAGAUGAACUAUGGUUUGAUUUCAUGGCUGAUACAGGUGACGGUGGCAAUUCUUCAUAUAGUGUGGCAAGGCUUCUUGCUCAGCCCUCAAUCAGGGUUCGGAAUAAUGAUUCUUUUAUUGUGCUGCCGCGUGCAAACUUGCUCCUUAUUGGUGGUGACCUUGCGUACCCCAAUCCCUCUUCAUUUACAUACGAGAAGCGUCUUUUCCGCCCAUUUGAGCAUGCUCUUCAGCCUCCUAUCUGGUAUAAAGAGGAGCACAUAGCUGUAAAUAAACCAGAAUUGCCUCCUGGGAUAUCAGAACUCAAGAAGUAUGAUGGACCUCAAUGCUUUGUCAUACCUGGAAAUCAUGAUUGGUUUGAUGGGCUUCAGACAUUUAUGCGCUACAUUUGUCACAAGAGCUGGCUCGGAGGCUGGUUUAUGCCCCAAAAGAAAAGUUAUUUCGCACUUCAGCUACCAAAGGGAUGGUGGGUCUUUGGCCUUGACCUUGCACUCCAUUGUGAUAUUGAUGUAUACCAGUUCAAGUUUUUCUCUGAACUGAUAAAAGAUAAGGUGCGUGAACAUGAUUCUGUGAUCAUCAUGACCCACGAACCUAACUGGCUUCUUGAUUGGUACUGGAAUGACUCAACUGGGAAGAAUGUAACACACCUGAUACGUGAUCAUUUAAGAGGGAGAUGUAAGCUACGAAUGGCUGGAGACUUGCAUCAUUAUAUGCGCCAUUCAUACAUUCCAUCACAGAAACCUGUAUUGGUGCAACAUCUGCUCGUUAAUGGUUGUGGCGGAGCAUUCUUACAUCCCACUCAUGUCUUUAGUAAUUUCAACAGCUAUUACGGGACAUCUUAUGAAAGCAAGGCUUCUUAUCCAUCCUUUGAAGACUCCAGCAGGAUUGCAUUAGGAAAUAUAUUGAAGUUUCGGAAGAAAAAUUGGCAGUUUGACUUCAUAGGUGGUAUCAUAUAUUUUGUUUUGGCCUUCUCCAUGUUUCCGCAGUGCAAGCUAGAUCACAUCUUACAGGAUGAUACUUUCUCUGGUCACCUGAAGAAUUUCUUUGGGACAGUAUGGGAUGCCUUCAUCUAUAUGUUUGGGCGUUCAUACAUUUCCUUAGCUGGUGCUUUAAUUCUGUUAAUAAUCGCUAUUACCUUUGUGCCUUCAAAAGUGUCACGAAAAAGAAAAGUGAUUAUUGGUGUUCUCCACGUCUCUGCACACUUGUCUGCUGCCUUGAUUCUUAUGCUCCUUUUGGAAUUGGGUGUCGAGACAUGCAUCCGACAUAAGUUGUUGGCAACUUCAGGCUACCACACUUUGUAUGAAUGGUACCGUUCCGUGGAGAGCGAGCAUUUUCCUGACCCAACUGGUCUUCGGAAACGUAUCGAGCAUUGGACAUUCGGCCUCUAUCCCGCGUGCAUCAAGUACCUGAUGUCUGCUUUCGACGUUCCUGAGGUCAUGGCGGUGAGCAGAACGAGCAUCUGCAAGAAAGGGAUAGAUUCACUUUCCCGAGGCGGUGCUGCAAUAUACUAUGCGUCUGUCUUCCUCUACUUCUGGGUCUUUUCUACUCCCGUCGUUUCGCUGGUCUUCGGAAGCUACCUUUACAUCUGCAUCAAUUGGCUCCACAUACACUUCGACGAAGCCUUCUCGUCGCUCCGUAUUGCUAACUACAAGUCGUUCACACGGUUCCACAUCAACCGCAAAGGAAAUCUCGAAGUUUUCACCCUUGCAGUCGACAAGGUGCCGAAAGAGUGGAAGCUGGAUCCGAGCUGGGAAGGCGAAUCGAAGCUGCCGCAGAAUCUCAGCCACACAAGAAAAUUCCCGAGCAAGUGGCGAUCGGUUCUCCCGUUUCAGGACCCGGUGAGCAGCGUAAAAAUCGUCGACCAUUUUGUGGUGGAACAGACAGUGAGACCUGAAGAAGUAUUAGCUAAUGGAUCAGUAGCUCAUUGAUCGAUCGAUGGAAUGUAGGGAAUGAAUGGUAGAAUAGUUAAAAGUGUAUAAAAAGAAAAUGUGUAGAAUUCAAUUCAUAGAUGAUAAUGGAAAACACAGUUAUGGUUC